AUGCCCCCGAUAUCGCCCAUGACUGAAGAACUCAUUCGCGCUCGUGAUGUUCAGCACGGUCGACAUCGUGACGGAUCGCCACAACCUGAGGAGCCUGCUCAGGUUCUGCCGCAGCCCCGGGGACACGACUUCAAGUUCAUAAUCCACUCCAUUGGCGACAGCAACGGACACGGCGACCCGACCCUGGUCUUCACCCGGGCGACGGUAGGCCAUCACAACAUUAACGGGUACGGCCACAACUUCGAGAAAAAGCUCACCGAGAAGGAUCCGCAUGCUCCCUGGGACGCCGGGACGUUUCGCGUCGUCACGAAGAUGAACAUGGAUGGAAUGGCGCUGCUCGUGCGCUCUGAGGUGGACGCCUGCGACGGGACUGGUUCCACCAGGCUUGUUCCUGCGGGGAAGGGACGCGCCUCAUCUUCCGGUGGUGGUGGUGGUGGUGGUGGUGCAAGUACCUCAGCCAAGGCUGCCGCCAAGAGUACGGAAGACCUGCUGGUUGAACAGCUCGGUGGCCUGGGGCUCUCUUCUUCCUCGCCGGGAGGAGAAGGCAAGAGUGAGUCGAAGCCGGCCUCUGGCCUGACGUGCGAAAAGAGGGGGCAGCUUCUCGGACAUGACGCCAAGGUGUUGGAGCUCAAGACCAAAAACUCAAGGUACGCCAAUGAGAUCAGCUGGAAGGACAUAUACUGGCAGCUGACCCUGGGCGGCGCUCACGCGCUGGUCCUCGGCCUGCACAACCGCGGGACCUUUGGUGCCGGGGACACGAAGCACCAUUCCAUCGGCGAGGUCAAGGCUCGCGCGGAAGAGUCCGGCUCGGCGUCCAUGGUGUUCCUGGCGAACACCCUGCGCGGUAUCACCAAGGCGGCGCACCGCAUAAUCGGUGCCGCCUCUACUACACCCGCGCGCCCGGCUGCGCCUGCUACGCCGUCCGCUGCCGGCGGUGGUCGUGGCGGGACGGGAACACACGGCGAAUCAAACCCCCGUGUCGCCGCCGCCGCUGCCGUGGUCGUCGAGUACUCGCCCGGCCGCGACAGCAGGUGCAUCCGCAUCAGGCUUGCCACUGCCGCGGAUGGGGCCGUUUCUCCCUUCUGA